CCGGAGAUUCCAUGGGCAUUCAAUGACUGCUCAGCGGACGACCUCAUCAUCCUCAUCUCGCACAUGCUCAAUCUGCUCAUUGAGCACAAUGAUCAGGUCGUUCUCACGCCGGACGCUCUCACUCGGUUCCACUCGCGAGCGGCGCCAGGGAUCAGCGUGAUAGAGUAUCUCAGGCGGAUAGUCAAGUAUACAAAUAUGGAGAAAAUCCCGCUCCUAUCUCUCUUAGCUUAUAUCGACCUCACCUGCGCCCACCUCCCCACCUUCACCUUGUCGACCCUCACAGUUCAUCGAUUCCUCAUCGCUGGCGUAUGCGCGGGGAGCAAGGCGCAGUGUGAUGUGUUCUGCACAAACUCUCAUUAUGCCAAAGUAGGGGGGAUCAAGGUGGGGGAGCUCAAUGCGCUGGAGAGGGAGUUCUUGAGGGUGACGCAGUGGAAUCUAUGUUGCAACGCCGAUCUACUACAACGCUACUACACCUCCCUCAUCCGUUCCCAUGGCGGCUUCACCCAAGCGCCCGCACCCGCCGUCCCUCCCUUCCGCGCCUUCCCACGUUCUGUCUCGAAACCGCCCGCAUCAGACGGAGGCAGCGAGGAAGCGAUGGAAGGC